AUGGAUGAAGGCCUUCGACUCAUUAUAGCCUUAGCAAAAGACAAAAUUGGUCCAAAUCGUGGAUAUACAAAUUUGUGCAUUUAUCAAAGUUGGACGUCAACUGAUCCAACAAACUGCAAAUCAAAUGUGCAUGGAAUUGAAGUCAAUUUAGAUAGUUACAGUCAUUGCCAUUGGCUAAGUUCGCUAAUGGAACUUCAUGAAGACGAAUAUGAAAAGUUCGCCAAAGCUGGAGUAUAUAACAAAUACGCUCGUUUUUUGGUGCUAAAGGGACAUAUUGAAAAGUUGCGCAUGCUUUACAUUAAUCAUUUCUCAAUUUUUGAUAACCUUGGUGCUUCUAAUGAAGACAACAUUACACUAUUAGAAGUGCAUCAAUCUUUGAAAGAUGCUAAAAAUUUAUCAGAAAUGAGACAGUUACAAGACCAAAUGCUUGCUGAAAAAAAUACAACAGCUCAAAAAUGUUGA